AUUGUUCUUUUUAUUUGUGCUGGGUCAUAUGCUGAAAACCAGCGAACUGUCUCAUAACACAUAUUCGAAACGGCAAACAGUUGAGACGCUGGGCUUUACUAGCAUUCACAAGGACUGUAAUCAGGUCAGGCCCGAAUUUGAAUUAUCAUCAUGGGCUUGAAAUCCAAAACUCACACGAAGGUGCGUGUGCCUCCUAACAAGACACGCGAACCACAGACGUUCGCGUCAUUUCACCACGAAAUGCGAAAUGUUGCCGCCAACUUUACUACUUUCCCUCCCCUCACACAAAAAAUUACGAUAAUACCCUUCAUCUUCCCCAACAAGCCUCUCGAAAGAGUUGAAAUUUUCAAAACGUUUCAACGCUUCCCUCCAUGUCUCUUCCCUCUUACCCUCAAAAACAUUCGAAACCCCUAAAACCCUCUCAUCCCCAUUAUAAAUAUCCGUCUCUAGACUCCCAAGAAUAACCACCAAAUCACAUCUCUACCAUAAUCUCAUCAUCAUUAUCCACAAGAUGCCUUCCAUGGCAGAAGAGCCGCUUCUCACCCCAACCCCAGACAGAUUCUGCAUGUUCCCGAUCCACUACCCGCAGAUCUGGGAGAUGUACAAGAAGGCCGAGGCCUCUUUCUGGACCGCCGAAGAAGUCGAUCUCUCCCAAGACACUCGCGACUGGGAGAAUCUCAACGACGGAGAGCGCCACUUCAUCAAACACGUCCUCGCCUUCUUCGCCGCAUCCGACGGAAUCGUUUUAGAGAAUCUCGCCUCCCGGUUCAUGUCCGACGUGCAAGUCUCCGAGGCGCGUGCCUUCUACGGGUUCCAGAUCGCGAUUGAGAAUAUCCACUCAGAGAUGUACAGCCUCCUGCUCGACACGUACAUCAAGGAUAAUAAAGAGAGGGACCACCUCUUCCGCGCGAUUGAAACCAUACCUUGCGUCGCGAAGAAGGCCCAAUGGGCCAUGAAGUGGAUCGACGGAUCUCAGACUUUCGCCGAGAGGAUCGUGGCGUUUGCUUGCGUGGAAGGGAUCUUCUUCUCCGGUAGCUUCUGCUCGAUCUUCUGGCUGAAGAAGCGAGGGCUCAUGCCGGGUUUAACCUUCUCCAACGAGUUGAUCUCUCGAGACGAAGGCCUUCACUGCGACUUCGCGUGCCUGAUCUAUACUCUAUUGAGGACGAAGCUCACGGAGGAGCGCGUGAAGUCGAUUGUUUGCGACGCGGUGGAGAUCGAGAGGGAGUUUGUGUGCGACGCGCUUCCGUGCGCGUUGGUGGGGAUGAACCGUGAUUUGAUGAGUCAGUAUAUUGAGUUUGUGGCGGAUAGGCUUUUGGGUGCGCUUGGGUACGGGAAGGUGUACGGUGUGGCGAAUCCGUUUGAUUGGAUGGAGUUGAUUUCGCUUCAGGGGAAAACGAACUUCUUUGAGAAGAGAGUUGGGGAUUACCAGAAAGCUUCUGUUAUGUCUAGCGUUAAUGGAGGCGGCGCGUUUGAUAAUCAUGUGUUCUCUCUCGACGAGGACUUUUAGAUUUGAUAUAGUGAUGAUUGUUGUGACGAUUAUAUAUCAUUGUAAUAUUCCGUGUAUUAUCAAGUUUUUAAUUAAUGGAAUACUAUGAGCUUUUAACUAC